AAUCGUAGAGAGAGAGAAUACUUUGCCUUCCUUCAUACCUCAAUCCUCAAACUAUCAAAAACAUUUGCAAAACGAUAACUCUCCCCACUUUUCUUGCUUCUCUCAUUCUUUCAUUCUUUCAUUCACCAUAUCGAUUAAAGGGGGAAAAAAGCACUUCUUCCUUCUUUUCGCUCUUUCAAAUUCCACACUUUUUUUUUCUUCAGUUCUAUCGAACCAACCAACGAUGCCUUGUUCCGUUUCGAUUGCAAUUCAGACACCGGAAUUCCAGAGUUUGUUCAUCCAAGUUUCUCCCACUCGUACUUGCAAAUGCCGACGAAUCUCUGCUUCUUGGACCACGGCUAUGGAUUCCAAUUUUAAUCCAACGAUGAGCAGCAAGAAGAAGAAGGAACUUUCGGUUCAGCUUCCGAGUUCAGCGCCGCCAAUCCCAAAGUUCGAAACUUUGAGGUUCUGUGAUCUUCACUUUGACCGAUUACAGCCGUCGGAUCAAGAAUUGGAUCAGCAUAGUAGGUUCGAAUUUGGCCAAUUCGUUGCACGACAAGCCCUCCUUGAUGAAGAGUAUUGGACAGCAGCAUGGCUGAGGGCAGAAAGCCAUUGGGAGAAUCGAGCAUAUGAACGAUAUACUGAUCAUUAUAAAAGGAACUUUGCAGAUCAGGAAUUUAAUGCAAUAAAACGGCGGUGCAAGGUGCAAAACGGGGAGAGUUGCACUUGCAUUAUCACGGUGAGGAAAGAGCAAAAGAAUGUAAAACGCUCAAUAAUAAAAAGUGUUGUUGGGACCCUUGAUUUGAAUAUCCGGUACUUGCUGCAAGGAGAGACUUUUCCUGGGGAACGAGCGAAGGCUCCUCCAUUCUGCAGCAUCAACAAAACACCAUCAAGCAGAUAUGGCUACAUUUCAAACUUGUGUGUUGCCAAAUCAGCACGACGCCAGGGAAUUGCAAGGAACAUGCUCCAUUUUGCUGUUGAAUCUGCAAAAUCCGUAGCAGGUGUAACGCGUAUAUUUGCACAUGUGGAGAGAAAUAAUGGAGCUGCACAAUCGUUGUACAAGAACAUGGGCUUUGAGAUGGUUGAAAUGGCAAACUCACUGUUGUUAGAUGAGCAAACAUACUUGCUCCGUUUACAGACGUAAAGCACACAAGGUUGAUGGUUGAUGGUUGAUGCCGCUAUGCUUUUGAUUAGCCAACAUCAACAACUGUGAAUUCCAAAAUCCAAAUACGCCAAGUUCAUGUAAAUGCAUGUAAAAGUCCAUGCCAUACCGAAUUGACGGGUUUCUUUUUUCUUUCUUUUUUUUGGGAAAAAAGUGAUUCUGUUCCUAUAUCAUAGAGUGGAGUGAGUUGUAGUAAUAUUUUGUACUUGGAUUACAAAAGUCAGUUUAUUUUCUA